GCUGUUUCCAAGUUAAGUUGUUUGAAAUAAACGACCGAAGAUGUUGGGAGAGGUCGAUGAGUUAAAGCUUGAUACGUCUGGGCUUUUCCGCUGGAAGCGGUUCACCAAGCACCAAAAAGGAUCAAAGAUGCUGCCUGACAUGCUGAAUUCCUCCAGCUAUUUGAGUUUGCUGCAAAUCCUGGCAUCUGUUGUUUCUUGUGCAGUCUCCGUUUCAACUACAAUUUUGAGGUGACUGAUAAGCAAAGCAUGAAUCAUGAUGAUAUUCAAGACUGGAUUAAAAGAGUUGAACAGGCAUCUGAAUGUGCUGUAGCAGAAGUAUUUCCUUCAAAAAGGUUGCAAACUCCAAAGGUCGGUGGCUAUGUUAUGACAAUGGAGACAGUUGAUCAGCUUCGUGACCAUGAUAAUGCCUAUGCUGAAGCUCAGGAGUUACUACAGGAAUGGAUGAAUUCCAAGCUAAGAUUGGAGUUAGAAUGUGAAGAAGCUGGAGAACUACAAGAUGAUAUGAACAGUUCAGAGUCAUUUGUAUGUUCAUCGGAGAUGAUCUCCAAAAUGCCUGAAUAUGAAAAAUUUGAUGAUUUGUACAAUUACUUGGAAGAGGAGAAAGAGAGUACUGCAACACAGGCUUUCCUACAGCAGCUGCUAGAAAAGAAAUUGGAGGAGUAUGGUAUCCUUGAUGAUCUUGGGAUAGAAGAGGAAAAUCAGCAGAAAAAGCAAAAAGACCCACGUUUAAGCAUGGAGGCAAGACACCAACAAGUAAAAGAAAAUCGUCUUAAAAGACAGGCUCAGUUGGAGCAACAGAAACAGGAGAGAGCCAUAAAGAAAUUUGCUCAUGCUAAAGCUCAUGAACUGCUUCAGGAGGAAAAUAGAAAGAAAGCUUUACAGGCUAAGAAAGAGGAAGAGCACAUUAAAAAAGAGAUGGUGAAGUUACGGAAAGAAAUGAUGGAAAAAAGACACAUAAUGGAAGAAGCAAAGUGGCUUGAACGAGAGCAUCAAAAGAAAGAGAAAAGGCAGAAGGCCUUGCUUCAGGAGAAAGCCAAGCAGGCACUGAUGGAAUUGCAAGUGCAGAAGAAUCAGGAACGUUCUGAGACUGAGAAUCUUUGGAAAAUGGAGGAGAUUGAUGCCAGGAUUAAAUCUUGCCAGUUACGGUGUUUGCAGAAACAUUUUUCAGUCUGGUAUAAACUGGUUCUGGAAUGCAGGAUCAAAAUGGGCAAAGCAAAAGCUUUAUUUGAUUGGAAAAGCCAGCUUCGAAUGUUCCAGGCCUGGAGAACAUAUACAUGGGGAAAAAAGUUGGAGCAAGAAGUACAACGCACUGAGAUGGAACUGCGGGAGGAAAAAAGGAAGAAACAGCUUGCAACAGAAUGCAAUCGGAAAUACAGGCUCAGGUACUGCUUCACUCAUUGGCUGUCAUGGUGCAAAGCAGAAAAAGAAAAAAGAGAAUUGGAGGCACAAAAAGAGGAGACCAAGCAAAAAAUGGCAGCACUAUUGGAUUCAGCCUCUUCUGGGAAAUUGUCAGCAGUUCCCAGAGCAUCAAGAAUUGAAUGUGAGAUGCAGCAAGUUGUGAAAUCUCAGGUGGCGAUGAAGAAACAAGAUCCUUCUCCAAUGACAGAUGACAGCAAAGCUCAUCAACUUAUAGCUGCAGGACCAAAAUUUGCUUGGCAGGUUACCCGCCAACAUGCAGCACUAAACUCCGAGGAUAUAACACAUCUGCAAAAUAUGAGUAAAAUCUCAGGUGGGGAUCUUGAACUUCAUAAGCCCAAUUUUGGCAGUACUGGGAAGGUAAUUCAGGACAACUUUAAACAUCGCCAUGCAUUCCAACAGCAAGUCAUUGAGGAUCAAAAAAAGCUACUUCAGGAAAAACAGUACAUCAUUGAAGAACUGCAGGAGAAGCAACAGUUAACAAUCCUGCAGCAAGAGGCAAAAUUAGCUUCGGCCAUCACCACUGCAAUUGUUAAUGCAACACAAAAGAUGCACAUUGAGCCGCAUACUCAUGGUAGAAGACCCGCUGGAAAUGUGCAACUUGAAAUGAAAGAUGCUACUGAGCAUAAAUUCAAAUCAAAUUGUCCUUCAUUAGCUGUGGAAUCCAGUUGUCCCACAAGCAGUACCAAUUGUAGCAAAACCAAUCAUAACUUGAUUUCACCUCACCCAAUCGUCAAAGCAAUGGAGGAGCGAGCAAGGCAGCGCCUGGCAAAAAGAAAAGAAUUGGAAGAGCUCAAAAGAAAAAGGGAAGAAGAGAAACUUGCACACUUGAGAGCUGAAGAGGAAGAACGACUAAUGCAGCAGGAGGCUGAGAAACGAGCAUUGUUAGAAAAGAAGCGUGAGGAGAAAAGAUUACAGAGACAGAAAGAAAUUGAGAAGCAGGCCUGGUUGGAAAAACAAAGACAAAUCAAGUCUGCAGCAGAAAAGCACUAUCAGGAUUUUCUUUUGAAUAAACGAGGUCUGAAGCCUUGGCGAAAGCUGCUCGAAAUCUCCAAGCAAAACAUGAAGCUUGCAGAAGAUCACCAUACCUCUUCACUCCUAAGGCAGUGCAUAUGUACCUGGCACCAGAAUGUAACAGAGUCACUAUCUGAAAAGAAAUCCAAAGCUGAAAAAGUUUACAAUGAGAUUCUUCUUAAAAGGUGUUGGAACAAUUGGCUAAAGUAUAAUGAAUAUACCAACGUUAUGGAAGUGAGAGCAAAUCAACACUAUCUGACAGUUCUAAGAAGAUCCACAUUUCUUGCCUGGCGUGACUAUGUAAUGAUAGAAAAGACUGCAUCAUGGGAAAAGGAAAGAAUUGGAACAGAACAUAAUCAGAGGAGGAUAGCCAAGUCAGUUUUCAUGGCUUGGAAGAUCUUGCCGAUGGUCAUCAGGGAGGAGAAGAAAAAGGAACAACGUAUUAACGAGCUCAGGAAGAAAGUUGCUGAAAUACUUCCUGAUUUCCUGACAUAGUAAAUCCUGAUCCACCCUUAGUGGACACAAUAAUGUUGAAUUGGUGUCUAAAAGACCCUCUAUUCUGCAAGGAAAGGACAGCAUGUCAUGACCUCUGCAUUUUGUAAAUAAAUUCUAAUUUAAUUAGCAAAGUACAAUUUUAAACAGUCUCUUUAUUGGGUUUUUUUUUAAAUGUUAGCAUCAGGACAUUAAAUUUUUGAGAAACAAGUUUUGCAUAUUGAUCUUUGGCUAUAUGAAAUUGAAAACACACCCACGAACUAAAUUGGAAUCUUACAACUUGUCUAUGCUGUUAUUUCUGAAUAUAUUCAUUAUUUUAACAAAGAUAUCAUUACUUCAACAGCAGUUCUAUGUCAAAGAUAAUAUUCCCCUCUCCACUAAACACAUAAAAGAGUAAUAUGGAAUUGGUAUUUAAAGAUUAUUUGCUUACUUUCAAAAUGUUGAAUAUCCACCCUACACACAGUAAAAACUCAAACACUGUUUACUUAUUCUCAUUGAAAAGGGAUUCACAGUCUAAUUAUAACUACCCAAUUUUGUAAAAUACCAUCAGCCAACUACUUUUUGGUAAAGAACUUCAAAAAUGUAUUAUACAUUAGUAAUCAAAAUUUUCACAAAUCCAUUUUGCCUUUUCUAUUUAAAAAAGGUUUUUUAAAGUUGUCAAAAUGCUAAUAUUGCUUCUGUACUGCUGUUUAUACAAACUUAAUAACUUUUCCUCUUGGUUAUUGAAUGAUGGAAUGGGAAAUGAAGUCAAGCCUCAUAUAAAAGCAAGAAAUCUUACUAUAGCUUCAAGGAUGGUAAAACUUAUCUUGACUGGUGAUAAACUCACGAUCUACUCUUGGAGGACAUAUUAAAAUUGAGUUCAUGUCCAAAGAAAUUCCAUUAUGCAAGGAGGCCAGCCAGUUAAGCCCUCCUUAUGCAUUUUGCAAAUUGAUUACCAUUUUUCUUAUCCAGUAAUAAACAAUAAACCUCCA